GCGCAGAUCAGGAAAGUAUCGAGCUCGUGUUCAUACCGUCUGUCUUUCCUGUCCAACUGACUAGGUUGAGCCACGUGCAUGCGUUAGCUAUUCCACUACUUGUUUCAAACGUCCAGUACCUCGUGUUUCUCUGAAACACACAACAGCACCAUGGUGAAGUUAGCGAAGGCAGCAAAUAAACCAGCGACUCAGAAGAAAAAGGCCCCUCCACCACCUAAAGAAGUGGAGGAGGAAUCCAGUGAAGAGGACAGCAGUGAUGAAGAGGAGACUCCUCCACCUAAAGUGGUGAAAAAAGUUGCUACACCAGCUGUUAAAAAUGGCACUGCUGCCAAAAAAGCAGAAAGUUCAGAUGAUGACGACGAGGAUGAUUCUGAAGAGUCUGAAGAGGAAGCCCCACCACCAAAGAAGACCCCUGCAAAACCAGUUAAGCCCACACCAGUCAAGGCUGCUCCAGCAAAGGCUGAAGAGUCGGAUGAUGACGACGAUGAUGAUGAUGAUGAUGAGUCAGAGGAAGAAGCCCCACCACCUAAGAAAGCAGCUAAACCUGCUGCCAAACCCCCAGUGAAGGCUCCACCUGCUAAAGAAGAGUCCUCAGAUGAAGAUGACGAUGAUGAUGAUGAUGACGACGAUGAUGAUUCAGAAGAAGAGGCCCCACCACCCAAAAAGGCUGCUCCUGCUGCAAAACCAGCUGCUAAGCCCCCAGCAAAAGCCAAACCUGCUAAAGAAGAGUCAUCUGAAGAUGAUGAUGACGAUGAAGAUGACUCUGAGGAGGAGAUGGAUACCACUCCAGCCCCAGCUGCAGCAAAGGCAAAGAAGGCAGGCAUGGUAAAGGCCAAGGAGGAGUCGGAGGAGGAGGAGGAUGACGACGACGAUGAUGAUGACGAAGAUGAUGAUGAUGAUGAAGAGGAGGAAGAGGCCGAUGUUCCAGUGACCCCUGGUAAAAGGAAGGCAGAGACCAAGAAGGACACACCACCUGCCAAGAAGGCCAAGUCAGAUGGUGAAGGAUUUUCUAUAUUUAUUGGAAACUUGAACUCUAACAAGGACUUCGAUGAAAUCAAAUCAUCUCUAAGGAAAUUCUUCUCAAAGAACAGCCUUGAAGUUGCAGAUGUCCGGUUAGGUGCUUCCAAGAGAUUUGGCUAUGUGGAAUUUUCAUCAGAAGAUGACAUGCAGAAGGCACUGGAGCUAAAUGGCAAGAAGGUCAUGGGUCAGGAAGUGAAGCUGGAGAAAGCCCGCAGCAAGGAGAACUCACAAGAGGGCAAGAAAGAGAGGGAUGCACGGACCCUGUUUGUGAAAAACCUUCCAUUUUCUGCAACGGUUGAUGAUCUCAAAGAAGUAUUUGAACAUGCUGUAGAUGUCAGGUUACCUGCAGGCCAGAAUGGAUCAAACAGAGGUAUUGCUUACAUAGAGUUCAAAACUGAAGCUGAGGCGGAGAAGAUGUUGGAAGAGGCCCAGGGAACUGAUGUACAGGGGAGGUGCAUCAUUGUCGACUUUGUAGGAGAAAAGAGCCAAAAAGGGGCUAAGGUGGCAGCUGUAGCAGCAGCGGGAGCAGUCAGUAAAACACUGGUGGUGAAUAAUCUCGCCUUCAGUGCCACAGAGGACGCCCUUCAGUCCACAUUUGAAAAGGCUGUUUCUAUAAGGAUUCCCCAGAGGGAUGGCCGACCUAAAGGGUUUGCUUUUGUAGAGUUUGAGAGUACAGAUGAUGCUAAGGAAGCCUUGGAAAACCUGAACAACACAGAAAUUGAAGGGCGGUCAAUCAGACUGGAGUACAGCCAAAGCGGUGGUGGCCGAGGGGACGGUGGCAGAGGAAACUCAGGUCCAACAAAAACUCUUUUCGUCAGGGGUCUCUCUGAGGACACAACAGACCAGACUCUGAGGGAAUCAUUUGAGGGUGCUGUGGCAGCUAGGAUAGUUACAGAUAGAGACACAGGGUCAUCGAAAGGAUUCGGCUUUGUAGACUUUGACAGCGAAGAGGACUGCAAGGCAGCCAAGGAGGCCAUGGAGGAUGGAGAGAUCGACGGCAGCAAGGUAACCCUCGACUAUGCCAAGCCAAAGGGUGAAGGCGGUUUCCGUGGGGGCCGAGGCGGCGGUGGAUUUGGCGGCCGCGGUGGCGGCAGAGGUCGUGGUGGGUUCGGUGGCCGUGGUGGUGGUGGUGGCAGAGGAGGACGCGGUGGGUUCGGCGGCCGUGGAGGCGGACGGGGUGGCUUUGGAGGUGGAAGAGGUGGCGGUGGAUUUGGAGCCAAACCCCAGGGGAAGAAGAUAAAGUUUGAUGACUAAAUCCUUAGUCAUUUGUACUUUUGAAUGAACUCUGGUUUAAACAGUUUUCAGAGCUUUUGGACAUUCCAGAAAGCAUCAUUGAUAUAUAUUUAACUUUUACUGGGCAUUUUAGCCCUUUAUUUCAACCCUUUCCACCUUACCCUCCUGUGCCACUAUGGUACUUUAGUCCUUCUCUGCUUAAGUGCUACAUGUGAGUACUGAAUGUCCCGAAUGCAGACCUGCACCUCUCCCUCACAUUAUCUUACUUUCCGAAGGAGUGAAACGGAACGGGUCUGACAAACAAGUUUGCUGUGAAAAACGCGCUCAUCUUUGUCAGAUACAUUGUGUAAAUUUAAAACAGUUUGUAUGAUUUCAUUUUACCUUUUUGUAAAGAAAAUACACGUGUAUCCAUGUUUUUGUUCUUAUUUUGUCAUUUAGUUUGCUUUAGGUGCCAAGUUUUACUGUAAUGUGCAAAACAUAUUUUGAUAGAUCUGAGGCUGAGUUAUAUGUGGCAGUGAUCAUUAUGUCAUAUUCAGUUGGUUGGACACUGUUGGUGUUCGAGUCAGAGGAUGAAAGCCCUCUAAUCUAUGUAACAUAAAAUAUUUGUAGUGCAUCAACUAAUUUUUUCCCAUCCGAGAAUCUCAAGAUUUUCACAAAAUAAAACCUUGUAGGUGGUGAUUUUUAAAUGUU